CUAUAUCUAUAUAUAUAUAGGGAAUUAGGGGAGCAAUUCUAUUGUAGUGUGAUUUCCAUUGAAUCAGACCUAUAAGAUUAUUAUCAACUUGAAAUCUACCACAUUCUCUUGUCUUGGUAUCAAACCACCAAACUCUUUAACUUGUCAAAUUUCAUUUAUUGUGUGUUGCUUGACAUUUUUUUCACAACCAUUCAUCUAUUAAUCCACACGUUGUGCAACAUUAUCUUUUAACGAUUUAUACUUAAAUUUGCAAAUUUAUUAUAUCUGCUUGUUUUUUUUAUAAUUUAUUAGAUAUUCCUUUAGUUAUUAUUGUUUUAUCAUAUUAGAUCAUUUCAUUCAUUUACAAAUUUAGAUUAGAAAUAGAAUAGAAUUGUUUUUAAAAUGUCUCAAUCAACUGCUGCUUCAACUUCCCUUCAAGGAUCUUUUUCAUCCUCAUCAACCAUUCAAAAAAGAGGUAAUGUAGCUACUUUAUCAAAUCCAACUAAUCAAACUGGUUUAAAGGCUAUUGAUACUUAUGGUAAUGAAUUCAUUGUACCAGAUUAUUCAAUUAAGGAAAUUCUUAAGGCUAUUCCAGCUCAUUGUUAUGAAAGAAGAUUACUUGAAUCUUUUUAUUAUGUAUUCAGAGAUAUUGCUUGUAUGGUAACUCUUGGUUAUUUUGCCAAUACUUAUAUUCCAACUUUAUCAAAUCAAACUGUUAGAUUCUUUGCUUGGGCUGCUUAUUCAUGGACUAUGGGUUUAUUCGGAACUGGUAUUUGGGUUUUAGCUCAUGAAUGUGGUCAUCAAGCAUUUUCUGAUUAUGGUUGGGUUAAUGAUACUGUUGGUUGGAUUUUACACUCUUAUUUACUUGUUCCAUACUUUUCUUGGAAAUAUUCUCAUUCAAAACAUCAUAAAGCAACUGGUCAUCUUACUAGAGAUAUGGUUUUCGUUCCAAAAACUAAAGAUCAAUUUUUAGAAUCAAGAGGUGCUCAUGAUUUAGAAGAUUUAUUGGCUGAUUCUCCAAUUUAUACUUUACAAUCCUUAGUUAUUCAACAAUUAGGUGGUUGGCUCGCUUAUUUAGUCUCUGAUGUUACUGGUCAAAAACAUGAAGGUGUUUCUAAAUUUUACACUAAUCAUUUUAAUCCAUCUUCAGUUAUCUUUGAAAAGAGAGAUUAUUGGUUUAUUAUUCUUUCUGAUAUUGGUGUCUUAACUCAAAUGUUCAUUCUUUAUACUUGGUACUCAAGAUAUGGUGCAUUUAACUUGUUUGUUAACUACUUAUUACCUUAUGUUUUAGUUAAUCAUUGGUUAGUUUUCAUCACUUUCUUACAACAUUCUGAUCCAUCAAUGCCUCAUUAUGAAGCUCAUCAAUGGAAUUUUGCUAGAGGUGCUGCUGCCACUAUUGAUAGAGAAUUUGGUUUUGUUGGAAAGCAUAUUUUCCAUGAUAUUAUUGAAACUCACGUUUUACAUCAUUACGUUUCAAGAAUUCCAUUCUAUAAUGCUAGAGAAGCUUCUGAAGCUAUUAAGAAAGUUAUGGGUAUUCACUACAAACAUACUGAUGAAAACAUGUGGGUUUCCUUAUGGAAAUCUGGUAGAUGGUGUCAAUAUGUUGAUGGUGACAAUGGUGUUUUAAUGUACAGAAAUGUCAAUGGCUUUGGGGUUGAUCCUUUAAAAGAAAAGAAAUAAUUGAAUAAUCCUAAAUCUUCAUCUUUAUGAUGAUACUUAUUAAUCUUGUUUUUACAUAGUUUUUAUAGUUUUAUUAAUUUAAUUGCUAUAUAUAUACAUAGUUAUUAUAC